CAUUUAUACUAUAUAAUAAUAAGAAUCCCAUUUGCUCAUACAAAAACAAAUAAUAUUUUUAGAUCAACAUCACUUUCAUUAAUGGUGGUUUUAAGUAUCUUUACUUGCAGCCCUUAAUGUCUUCGGAAACAGUUUUGUUCUCUUAGUUUUGACAAAACAGGAAAAGGGUCUUGAAGAGUUUGAAGAUUGUUGUGAAAGACUUGAUUUGAUAGUGCUUUUGGGUUUCUAAAUUUGGAAAUUGUGCUGAAAGUAUAGGGGUGGGAGUUAAAGUUUGGUUUUUUAUGAAUGGAUAGUUCAAGGAACAAGAAGAGAGGGUAUGAGGAUGAGGGAAAAGAAGAUGUGCCUGGUUCGAAGAAAUCAAAGUUGCCUGCUUUGGCUGGUGUAAUCGUGGAAGCUUUGAAGGUGGAUAGUCUGCAAAGACUUUGCUCAUCCUUGGAGCCUCUUCUACGGAGAAUUGUCAGCGAAGAAGUAGAGCGCGCUUUGACAAAGUUUAGUCAUGCUGCUCUUCCAGCAAGGUCUCCUCCACCAAGAAUACUAGGCCCUGGGGGAAAAAAUUUACGACUUCAAUUCAAAACAAGGAUGCCACCUCACCUUUUCACAGGCGGAAAGGUUGAGGGAGACCAAGGUGCAGCUAUACAUAUUGUCUUGAUAGAUCAGAACACAGGCAGUGUAGUCCAAAGCGGAUCAGAAUCAGUUGCCAAGCUGAAUGUUGUGGUGCUUGAAGGUGACUUUAAUGAGGAAGAUGAUGAUAAUUGGACUAAAGAGCAGUUUGAAGGCUAUGAAGUGAAGGAACGCGAGGGAAAAAGGCCACUUCUGACGGGGGAUUUGCAGGUGACUCUCAAGGAAGGGAUAGGAACUGUGGGAGAUCUUACUUUCACAGACAACUCUAGCUGGAUAAGGAGCAGAAAAUUCAGGCUUGGUGUUAAAGUUGCCUCUGGUUAUUUUGAGGACAUUCGUAUUCGCGAGGCAAAAACGGAGGCUUUUGCUGUCAAAGAUCACAGGGGGGAAUUAUACAAGAAACAUUACCCACCAGCCUUACAUGAUGAAGUUUGGAGAUUGGAUAGAAUAGCAAAAGAUGGAGCACUGCACAAGAAGUUGGUCAAUGCUGACAUUCUUACCGUUGAAGAUUUUCUCCGAGUUCUUGUUAGAGAUCCACAGAAACUGAGGAAUAUCCUCGGGAGUGGAAUGUCUAAUAGAAUGUGGGAGAACACAGUGGACCAUGCUAAAACCUGUGUGUUGGGUGGGAAGCUUUAUGUAUACUACACAGAUGAAACUCAUAAUACUGGUGUUGUUUUCAACCAUAUUUAUGAGCUUAGAGGUCUCAUCACUGGUGGGCAGUUUGUCUCCUUGGAAUCUCUUACCUACACUCAGAAGCUUCCUGUUGAUUCCUUGGUGAAAAGGGCAUACGAUAAUUGGCAUGAAGUCGUAGAAUAUGAUGGCAAAGUCCUGAGUUCACUGACUAAUAUAAAGAAGGCUAUAAAAACGCCAGCUGCACCAGAAGUGAACAACUAUGAAACAGAUCACAGUAUUUCAACAAUUCAGAACAGGCAGCAGUACAUCUCAUCUGAGCCAAGUCCACACUGCCAAACUGCAAAUAACCACUCUGUAGCCCCCCAGUUGAUUGAAUUUCCAUUCGUGAGAUCCGAUCAGACUGCAAUGAUGACAAUAAAUGACCCACAAGCUGAUUUACCUAGCAGCAUUGAUUAUAUGUCCAUUGGAAAUCCUGCAGUUGGAGGUAAUUUUUUUCCAGGAGAUUGGUCGCGGCCAAGAAAUGGACAGGGAAUGGAAGACUUUUUUGCAGAGGAAAUCCGACUUAGGAGUUCAGAGAUGUUAGAGAACGAUGACAUGCAGAGACUGCUAAAAGCACUGAGUAUGGGUGUUGGAAUGACACCCGGUUAUGAUCAUCCAGACGAGGCGUGUUAUUCUUAUGGCAUUCAGUAUGAGCCUCAAGUGGAUCGGACUUACAGGCAUGAACCCAGCAGGGGCUCGGGGAAGGCUGUUGUGGGAUGGCUUAAGCUUAAAGCCGCAUUAAGAUGGGGAAUAUUUAUAAGGAAGAAAGCUGCAGAAAGAAGAGCCCAGCUUGUUGAGCUAGAAUGAGUUUAAUGCUGAAAACUACAGCUUAGCCUUUUUCAUUUAUAUAGCAUUCUUUGGUUCCAUGGCAUGGAAUACAAUAAUGCUUCAUUUUAUUGCUGACAAGAAAUAGAAAAUAUGUGAAAAUACAAAACACAGAACAUUCUUUGUUCUGUAUGAAGCCUUUUGUCUGGUUUUACCCUAUUACUUUAUUCCAAGUUCCUUUUCUUUCUUUC